AUGGCACAGCCACUCGAGGAUGCGUACAUUACGCUUCUUAUGAGCGAUUCCUACCUACCGGGCGCAGUCGUUCUUGCAAACUCUCUGCGCGAUGCCGGAACCACCAAGAAGCUUGCUGUGCUCGUCACUAUGGAGACGCUAUCGGCUGAUACCAUCUCGGAGCUCAAGGCGCUUUACGAUUACCUGAUUCCUGUCGAGCGCAUACGAAACUCCAAUCCCGCGAACCUCUAUGUCAUGGGGCGGCCCGAUCUGGCUUUUGCCUUCACCAAGAUUGCUCUCUGGAGACAGACGCAGUUCCGCAAGCUCGUGUACCUCGACGCAGAUGUGGUAGCUCUGAGGGCCUUGGACGAGCUGUUCGACAUUGAGGCUUCGUUUGCUGCAGCGCCAGAUAUCGGCUGGCCAGAUGCUUUCAACAGCGGUGUCAUGGUUAUCAAACCAGACAUGGGCGAAUACUGGGCUCUCCAGACCAUGGCAGCGACUGGUGACAGUUUCGAUGGCGCAGAUCAAGGCUUACUGAACCAGUAUUUCGAACACCGUCCCUGGCAACGAUUGAAGUUUACUUACAACUGCACGCCAAACGCCGAAUACCAAUGGGAGCCAGCAUACCGCUACUACAAGCGCGACAUUGCCGCUGUCCACUUUAUCGGCAAGAACAAGCCUUGGUCAGGCCACCAUGCGGGUGGAAACGGCGUCUAUGGAGAACUGGUAGCGCGAUGGUGGGCGGUGCAUCAGAGACAUUUACACAAGGCAAAGGGGGGCCAACGAGCUGGUGAGGCAAAGAGCACUCAUGGUGACUCCGGGCUUUCUUCCUCGUCUAUUCCUGUUCCUAUCGAGGCCUCUGCCGUUAUAACCGAGCCACCUAUGACCGAACCUGGAGAUGAGAUUCAGAAUAUUGACCAAGGUAUAAUAGAGCCAACCCCUACGGUCGAACAACGCAAGUUCUCUGCGCCUGAGAUGCAGUGGGAUGCAACCAAGUUCGAGCCACCAGCGCAGUCGAGACCCGAAGCUGCCAACUUCCCUACCCAAACGUACACUUUCAGUGACAGCCGGUCGCUCUUCAAGGCUCCAAGCGCCUACCCGGAAGCGCCGCGGGACAUGUGGUACCAGGUCCCAGAAACCAGGCCCAAACCUGCCGAGAGGCCUAAGCCUAUCUUUCCAUGGGAGCAAGAGGUGGACAGGCCAAAGCCGACGCGUGUGUUUGCUGAAGACCUGUCACCAGAACCGACACCUACAGUAAUGUCCCCGACACACGCGUUUUCAACCGUACAUUACGAUGAGAGUGAUAAAACAGCUCCAACCGGAGUGGAUAGAGUUAGAAGCCCUGCAAACGCUUCUGCCUCGAAUUUUGCUGACCAAGGUUGGCAGUCCUACCAGCAUAGUGGCGUAAAUGCCUGGGAUAAUGUUCCAGGUAUCGAUAGCUACGUUCGUGCCAUAUCGGACAUGAGUGGAAUACGGGGCAAGAACCAGUCCCUACGCCAGACCACAGGCACGGAUGAUAUCAGUUCGCCCAUAUUGGAACGUAGGAACCGUCGCGAGAGCCUUAUUCUCACUGAUUUCCCGUCUGCAGUAGAGCGACCGAGCCUUCCUGUGACACCUGCACCAGUCCGUCGUCCGAUGUUCUGGGGCGAAGAGAGAAACCAAGCAGGUGAACUACCUUCUGCUACAGGAGUGCCGGAUCAGACCGAAUGGAACCCCGAGGAGAAGCUUGACCAGCUACGGCGUUCAUCUCUGAUCGAGUUUGAGCAUCUGAAGAAAGACGAGCACCCUAACCCCCCGAUGCGUGCGCUACCCGAGCAUUCAGUCGUUGAGAAGAAAGAAGCAGGCACUUCAUUUGGGCUUGAUGGGGCAAAUGACCAGGCUGUUCCAGGGUCUUUCCCGCACGUCGCAGAAAAGGACUUUGCUAGCAGCAUGACCUUUACUGUACCCACCUUCGAUGAUGGUACUUCAGCCGACGUCCAAGCUGCGGGAGACGAACUCAGUCCGACACAGAGUAGGACCUAG